GGUCCUCCUGGAGUAGGGGAGUGCGGCUCCUCGUCCCGCCCCUGCCUCUGAGUGACAGCAGCGUGGACAGCUGCCCACCCGGCCGGACCCGCAGUUGGGCCGCCCUCGUUGUGCUCCGCUGAGAUUCCAUGGCCAAAACCCUGUCUCAUUCCUAAUUUCAAGGGAUGGCUUCAAGUUUAUUCCACUGUGGACAACAUUUGCUCAGAUAUUUUGGAAAUCAAAGAUGGGUAGAAAAGACUCUUCCACUACAAAACUUCCUGUUGAUCAGUACAGAAAGCAAAUUGGUAAACAGGAUUAUAAAAAAACCAAACCUAUUUUACGAGCAACCAAAUUAAAAGCAGAAGCAAAGAAAACAGCACUAGGCAUGAAGGAAGUCGGCCUCAUGCUUGCAGCUAUACUGGCCCUCCUACUGACUUUCUAUGCUUUCUUCUAUCUCCGGCUGUCCACGAAUACUGACUCUGAUCUGGACCCAGAUGAAGAUUAGCUGAGCAGCAAUCAAUAAAGAAAGGGAAAUAAUUCUGAUAAAAGCAUCCUUGGGGACAAAUACUUGGCCAAUUUCCAAAACCAGAACAUUUUGAAUAUUUUCUUCUUGGUACUGUCAAUUUGCAGAAAUAUCUUUGUACCUAGCAGCAUAAGAUAUCUGGAGAACUUGCCCAGCAAUCUAGAGUCACACAUGCUACUCAAUACUUUGUAAAUCUUUCUUCUCUGGCAGAUCCUCUAUUCAUGAUAUAGUUGGAUAACACAAUUUUCAAAUGUCUUCCCAAUUUACAUGUAUAACUCAACCAGUUACACAUAACUAAAUCUAUUUUAUCUUAUGUAUAUUGUAAGAAAAGUAUUCAUUGUCAUUUGCAAAAGCAUGCUCAAAAUCAUAUUUAGAACUUAAGAAUGAACAGAAAGUAAUGGGAAAUUUUUAUUUUACAAAGAAGUGUGUUUUCUUUCCAGACAUAUUUUAUAUCAUUAUGGAGACUAUCUGCACAUACAUCUACAGGAUUUUCCAUCCUUGCCAACUGUUAGUGCACAUGUGCUGCGUCAGAAAUGGCACCUGGAUGACAGAAGCGCAGAGAGUCACACAUGUCCCUAAAAUCGACUUCCUUUCCUCUCGGGCUGCCUGAACUGGUGUAAAUAGAAAGUUCAGUUGAUCUUGAUUUUAAUUAACUUAUUACUCCAUUAAUAUAACACUGGAAUUCUAUAUUAAUUAUGUUUUUCUGGCUGCCUGCAGUAUCAGUUUGCCCCACUUGUUAGGGAGGUAUGUAACAAUCUGCCAUUUAAUUGCACAGGGUUUUUCACACUGCAGAAUUAGCAGGGGUGUUCCUACACAGAAUAAUUUCAUUGGAUUGUCUCUUAAAUCUAAGCAUUAUGAAGGCUUUUUUAAAAUUACAUUUUGUCUCUAGAGAAUUAAUUCCCAUGCUGUAGAGAAAAAAAUAAAUAUUAGAAAAUUAUAUAUCA